AUGUUUCUACAUUCUCAAUAAGCAGAGCAAAUCAUUACCAGCCUUACAGAAACGUCCUUAUAACUCCAGAUCAGCUUUAUGCAUUUUUCCACAAACAAAUUUGUUGAUGAGCUUUGAGGUUCCCUGAUUUCCUUCCACAGAUUCUCUGUCAAAUUCAAAAAGAUUCAUAUUAUUUCCUAAACGUUGGUCAAAUUAAAAUAUUACUUCAAAUCUAAAUCGGCCAGAGACAUAAAUUGUUUUAAUGUUCACAUACGUCCCCACAAACAUCUGGAUUGGUGUGCCUCAGGAAUCUGCAGAGAAUAUACGUUUGGUAGCAGCAAUAAUACAUAAUAAUUGGAAUAAUUUGUUCGACAAUCCUGACAGAAACGGUAGAGAUUAGUUAAUUUUCUGGCAUCAAAUAGCUUUUAAAAAUAAUCCACUAAUUGGUUGAGGUCAGUAGCAAUCUGAUUCUUCCGUGAAAAACAUAUUUGGUGACUGUUUAGAUUUUUGAGAUAAUUUUUCAUAGUCUUUCAGUGAAAGAAAGAAAGACUGCUUUUUGUUGAGCAAGAGAGUAUGAUGGUGUGGUGGCAAUGAGCAGUAAUGCUGUGUAAUCAACUGAUUAAGGGAGAGAUAAAGUGGAGCAUCACCCCUCCCUCCUGCCCUUGGCAACUGAUGUCAAGACUGUGUUGCUAUGGGCAACCGUCCGGGCAAGAGAGAGGAAAAUGGAGACACCACCUGGUGUGCAGGAUGGCAACCGAGAGGCUGAGAGAACAGAAGGGAAGAAACAUCAUGUCAGAAGGACACUGAAGUCAGAUUCAGGAUGAUGACGAGGGAGAGUCAGACGGAGGACACUCAGCCUGCCAGCAUCAGCAGCCGGGAGGAAGGCUGGCCAAUCACCAGCUGACAUGCUCAGAAAUUCAGGAGCCAAUGAAAUGCCAGCAGGCUCCCUCCACAGCACAACAACUCGGAUGCAGAGGCUGCACAAUCUGAGCUCGGAUGUCUUAUUAAUGAAUGGAGCGCUUCCUGGGCUGCGUCGCUGCACGUCUCUGCUGCUCUUUCACCUGAAACGGGAGGAUGGAGAGGAAAAUCAGCAAAGAUGGAGGGAAAAGCGGUGCCAAGGCUGUGAGAGGGCGGCGAACAAACCCAGAGAGCCCCGAUGAAGGCUCGGCUGAGGACGUGGCAGCAGCUUUUAAAGGGACGGACUCCCAUCCUGAUCUCCAACUGCCGGACUCGUCGUCCCCAUCACCGUCCUCCUCCUCCCCUCUUCCUCAGCCCGCCAUGCCUCCCUCCGUGUCUGCCUCUACUCUCCUGGCUCUGGCGUCUCCAGCAACCAGGCGGUCCAUCUCCAUGGGAGACUUUCGGAGGGUGACAGGGGCUCUCCUGGCCGGUUCCGAUCCCCCGUCCACUUCUGCCACGGCCCCCUCCUCCAAGCUGGUCACCCCCAGCUCCAGCAUGGAGUUCGAGGCGGCCCGGCGGCGCCUGCUGGAGGUGGAGGAGCGGCAGCGGGUCAUCAGGGAGAUGGAGCGGCGGCUGGAGGAGCUCAGGGAGAUGUUUGUGCGCUCCGAGCAGCAGGUGGUGGUUCACGGGGAGCUGGUGUCGCGGAUAACCGGUGCGGCCCAGCAGGGUGAGCUGUACGUGGCGGAGAACACCCAGCGGGUGAAGAAAGGCUUGAAGUUCAAGAAGCACCGACCCACCAUCGUGUUUUCCUCCAUGCUCGGACUGCGCACGUGCCUCCCCUGGCCUGUGAAGCUCAAAUAGGACGUCAGAUGCUGACCUUUCACCCAUGACAUUAGAAAUGUGCUUUACAUUAAAUAGUGAGGGGUGGAGCUCCAUCCUUUAGCUCUCAGUGACACGGCUGCUCUCCAGUUAUAACCUUACUGCUCUUGAAUCCUGAGGCUGGUCCUUCAGGGGUUAGAGUGCCUAAAUAUCACAGAGGCCAGUAAGGAGCUUCCGGUUCAGCAGAUUUCUGGGGAAAACUCCCUGGCUAGCUGGCAUUAGUGCAUUGUGUACGGGAUGUCGUUGUGUCCUAGUUGUUCUCACAGCUUUUUUUGCUGCUUGCAAUUAUUAUUAGUGCUUGCUUUUGAGAGAUUCAUGUCAAAUUCAUGAUGCACAGAUGAGUCAAGGGGAUGUGGGAGGUGAGCUUCACUCUGCUCUCUGUUCAGGAGGUUCUGCUGCACUUUAACUUCUGCAGCAGUGAGGAGGCUUAUGUAAGCUUAUUGAAGAAGGGGCAACACAACAGUGUAGAUCACUGAACUAUCUGCCUCUGCAGCUCAUUAAGGGCGAAGUGAAGGACAGGAAGGUAAGAUGAGACGUUUGCUGCUCUGUUACAUAAAACCGAUGCAGACAGAUGCAGAAAUAGAAAAUGUAAUUGUGGGAAAUGAUUGAAAAAAUGUGCCUUGGCUUCUCUGAGACUGCUCAUCCCACUGUCAUAGCAGCAUUAAGGAAAGACAGAUAAUAGGGGGAAAAUCAUGCUGGGACACUUCCACCUGUGGCCUCUUUUUAUCCUGUCACCUAGCAACCAUUUAUCCCUCCAUCCUAAAUCCUCUUCCACAAAAAAUGCAGAAUGUAUCCAGCUGAGAGCUCUGAUUACUCUACUGUGGCAGGGAUUUAGUAAAAUAAAUGAUAAACAUCAAGAUUUAUUAUUAUUAUGACUAUUUUAUUAUUAUUAUUAUUUAGGGGGUUAAAUUUGAGUUACUCAUGCAUCAGCUUGUAAAUCUUAGCUGUGCUAUCUCUGCUGUCUUAAUGAAGAACAAGACGAUGAUAUGAGCUACAGGUUUGCUUCUUAGAACGCAAAUAUAACUUUAAGUGCACAAAGACCUCACUAAUAUGGAAUUACAGUGGUAGUGGCCAGUUUGACCAAUUAAUUCAAGUGUUUAUUUACAUCAUGUUGCUGCAUUGUCUGUUAAGCACAACACAUUUGUCCUAUAAUGUUUUUUUUUUCUUCUCAUUUCUAUGUUUUUGUCUUUGGGUUAAUAGUGAUUGACUUUUUGCAUUCUGUUCCUCUCCUUUGAUGUGCACAGGUAUUAAUUACAUCAGGGAUGUAUCGUUUGGGCAUUAACAGGUUAUGGUAGUGAUCCACACUCAGUCUAGGUUCGCUGUUUGUUUGUCUGGGUAAAAUGUCCUGACAAACACCCUUUUUUCUGCGGUAACAAUCCCUGAUGGUGCUUUGUUACGAAGAACCAGCAGCCAGGCUGCACAACAGGGAGACACAAGAUUUGAUUGUAUCACCACUUUCACUAAAUGAUUCAAUCUGUUUGUGAUUUCUUUUGCUUGCUUGCACAGAUUUAAUGGAUGUUUUAGAAGCAACCACUGUAUGUACUUUUAUAGAGUUAAGAAUAACAGAGGAAGAUACCAAUGGGAGACCAGGUUGCCUGUGUUUGACAAAAUGCAUUUAAACUAUGAUGCAUGUAAAGGAAGUGAAGACUCACCACAUGAGGCUGGUUCACUUCAGUAGGAGCUGGAUUUGGGUUAUUGCUAAUUUUGACUUGAAGGGCUUAAAAAUGGAGUUUGUCUGUGUUGCUUGGAAACACUUAAAGGAGCACUCUAUCAAAUAGUUUGUCAAACAAUUUAUUCACAUCGUGGAUCUGAGACUUUUUCAGAACAACAUUAGAAGAUACAGGUAUUUCCAUACUGACUGACAUUUCAAAAACAAUAAAACAACAGAAUUUUGUAUUUAUUUUAGUUGGUUAUGAUGACAAAAACAGAUAAAAAGAUCAGUUGGUACUGCAUCCCAGCCAACAUGUGCAUGUCUGCCUCAUUUGGGUUUUACUCUGGUUUGAAGGACCGUUCAAACUGGCAAUCCUGUUGGACACGCUUCCGCUUAGUCCCCAAUGAAUAUUAAGAAAAUCAAUUAUCCAGGUCUCACAUGGGUCCUACUUUUCCCCCAGAAUUGUCUUUUAUAAAAAUCUAUUUCAGCAUUUCUCUGUAACCUGUGAGAAAUCUCAUCUGUCAUCCCAGAUCCCAGUCAGAUACCAGCUGGGAUGUUUGGCUGAAAGUGUUUUUCAGUGUUGGAUGCAGUGAUGAACUGUUCUGAUGAACACAACAUUUAGAAUAUCUUCUUUUUCCAAAUUGUAAUCAGAAAACAGUUAUUUUGGGAUUGGAACAAGUAGCUGGUUGUCCUCUUUAGUUUAAACCAGGAAGUUACUCAUAUUCUCCACUUUUCUACAUGAAGCAAAGACUACAUUAGAGAGAAUUUUGAAUUUACCAGUGAUACUUGUGGUUUUAACCUGAGAACUGUUGUGAGAAAUAGCUGGAGUGCCUCUUCAUUCAAAGAAACUUGGUCAAACCAAAUGUUUCUCUUGACCUACUGAUACCCACGACGUCUUUCUCCUUGAAUGUUGGCUAACACUAUUUAGCUCAGCAUUCUACAUGCCCAAAGUAAAAAAAAAGAUUCUGGUUUUGUGCACAUCUAUACCAAACAUUAUUGUAGAAAGGUUUUAUUUAAUAAAGAAGUCUGAAACAUGUAUUUAUGCUCAUGUAUAUAUAGAGCUACCUGUACUUACAGUUAGCCUGAUUUGCUGUUUGAGAUUUUUCUGUUUUGGUGUUUACAGAAAGGAUGGUACUCACACAAACAGCCGGACAACAUUUACAUAUGGGCCCCAUAUGGGUAGAAAUCAUGGGUCAAAGAUGGGAUUGUAUCUAGGUAACACACUGACUUCAUUUCAAUGUUUUGUUGCAGAAGAAUAUUGGAACCUGUGUGGAUUUUCUUUAUGAGACCCAGUUAAGUCCCACAUGGGGGGCCUGAAUUUUGUGGCCCCUGUGGGUUGGUUCCAAGUGGGUUCAGACUCACAACUCAGUCUAAGCAAUCUUUCUAUGGGGCCCACAUAUGCAUGUUGACUGGGAACUAUUUCUCUUUUUUUAAACCUGAGUGGGACUAAAUCACUCAGGCAUUGUUUGCUGUGGAACUGCACUUUUUUAUUUCCUGAAUGAAAGAAACACAUUACCCAAAGAUCUCUGGGCCCACUUGCAGAAUGAAUGUAAUGUUGAUUGUUGGGUGUUUCUGUAUUUUUUCUGAACACUGGUUAUAUAAUAUUUCCAUUUUGAACCUGUGGCUAUUAUUUACUUUGAUGAAUUUGGAACCUGCUACCACAGCUCUCGCUCAUUUAGCCCUUUACUCACAUCUACACUGACUAGCCACAGGCUCAAAACCACCUUUAUGAUGUUUCACACUUGAAUGUUUGAAUAAUUCAUGUUUACUUAUGCAUACCAGUUAUUUAUUGCUUUACAAUUUGUGUGAUAUUCUUAUGGUAUGUUCAACAGCUAUAGCUUUUUUCCUCGGUUAUUAUUGACUACAAUUAGAGCUGCACACUUCAGCAUCAUCUGUUUUUGAUGAAAAAAGCUUUAUGAUAAAACGUUAAUUCAUGUUCUGCUUUGGGUUCCUGCUUUGUUUAGUUUGCAACUAUAAAUUUCUGCACAACGCUACACAAUUAUUAAAAAACUCCUCUCAAGCUCAUCUUUUGAAAGAUUAUUUGUUGGCAACAUGAUGCAAUUUAUUAAUAAAUUAACUAAAUGACUUGAA